ACCACGUUGUGUGUGAGGAUGAGUUCAAGUACGCCCUGUUGGCCAACAACUGCCUGUGUCCGGGCAUCUCCACCUUUGUCACACUGCUGCUGCACACCUCCAGGGGAAGAGAAGGUCAAACUUCAUCGGAGGAGUGGCAGCGGCUGUACGGAAAAUGUUCGGGAAAUGAGAUCUACCACAUCCGGCUUGGUGACAGCAAUUUCUUUGGUGACUAUGAAGGGAAGAGCUUCACAUACGCUUCUUUCCACGCUCAUCGAAAGUAUGGAGUGAGUUUGGUAGGGGUACAGCGAGAUUUGCCUGGCAGCACGAUACAGCUGAAUCCCGGCCCACGGCACAUCAUGAGGAAAGCAGACAUUUGUUUUUAUAUGAAUAUAACGAAGGAAGAAAACUCGGCCUUCAUCCUGGCUCAUCCGAACCGAGAUCCGUCUGCGGUGGAGAGGGCAAGGUUACCACAGGGUACAGAGAAGGCUUCACGAGUUGCCAGUAUGAUUGCUAGUGUGGGCACUGUGGCUUUGGAGCUUCAGCACACACGAGUGUCUACCUUCAGCUCCGACACGAACCUCAUUACAAGAACGGGAAGCAGGUCUAGGAAUCUCAGCCUGCCAAAGGGUCUUAACAUCCAGAGUUUACAAAAGAGGCCGAGUAUAGCGCCUGUGCCUGCCACUCUGGAGGCAAACAACAUCCACAUCAACAUCACCGGCUCCGACACGGAGGACGAGGAAGAGGAACCCUGUGAUAUGGAGCCUGAUGAUUUUGUUGAAUAUGUCCGUGGCUUCCCUCCUGUGACUCCGUAUGUCGGCACGAGCCCGACUCUAUGUCAUCUGAUGAGAGAGAAGAGACCCAUGUGUUGCCUUCAGCUUUCUACAGAGUGCUCCCACUGCCCCCACCGCAACGCCCGGGAGUACAACUGGUCCAACCCCGCCAUUAUCGUUGCCGCCGACUACGCCAGCUCGGGUCUCUACAACUUCAUUGUGCCUUUAAGAUCUCACGUUCGCCCCAAGAAGUCCCUCAGUCCCAUCGUUCUUCUCUUAACCAAACCGCCUGACAGUGGUUUCUUGGCCUUGAUCAGUUAUUUCCCUCUAGUCUUCUGGAUGAGAGGUUCUAUUGACUGCAUCGAAGACCUGUUGAAGGCGGGGAUCCACAUAACGGACAACGUGGUGGUUGUGAACAAAGAGACGUCCAACGCUAAAGACGAGGACACUCUGGCCGACUGUAACACCAUUGUGUCAGUUCAGACAAUAUUCAGGUUGUUUCCAAAAGCAAAUAUCAUCACGGAAAUCUCUGCUGCCCCCAAUAUGAGAUUUAUGCAGUUCAGGCCUGAUGACUUGUACGCCUUAUCAAUUUCUAAACAAGAAAAGAAAGAGCGGGAACGAGGCUCCAACAUCUACUACAUGUUCCGUCUGCCUUUUGCUGCGGGCAAUGUGUUCAGUGCCAGCAUGCUUGAUGCUCUGCUCUACCAGGCAUUUGUCAAAGACUACCUUAUAACCUUUGUGAGGCUUCUGCUGGGUAUCGACAUGGCUGUGGGGUCCGGUCACUUAGGAUGUGUAAAAGUUGGCAAAGACGACCUGUGGAUUCGAACCUACGGCCGUCUGUACCAGAAGCUAUGCUCACAAGCAUGUGAGAUACCGAUUGGGAUCUACCGCACACAGCCACAUGUCGGUACAGAAUCUGUCUCUCCGCCGAAAUCUCGAUGGGGCAAGCAGCCUAGCUCUGGAAUGUCCCUGGCAGCGCAUGUCGAGGACACUGGGGAUGGCGGCAAGUUCACGCCAGAGAGACAGGAGAUCAUCCAGAUGGUCAAGUGUCGUAUGCAGAGUCAGGGGCUGCCAUUGGACGAUUACCAUAAAAAUGAAGUGAGCGAUCGCCGUUCCACCAUCUCCUAUGUGAUCAUCAACCCAAGCUAUGAUCUGAAGCUGGAGCCUGGGGACAUUGUGUACGUUAUCCGCCCAAGUUCCCUGUCCCCUCAACCUUCUCCUCUGACCGAUGAGAGAAAGCUGCUGGGUCAGGAGAAACGCCAGGAGCCCCCUGGUGCCGAUACAGACCGCUAUAAGGACGUAGCGGUCAGUGACGAGGAAAAUGAUGAAAGUUGUGAUGAUAAUCUCGUCUCCAAAGCUUCUCAGG